AUCGCGCGUACAUUGGCAACAUUGUUUUUUGGUAGUUUACAAAUAAAAUGGCCGAUUGUGAGGCUAGUUUGAUAUGGACAAUAAAAUAUGCAAUUAUGUAAAAUUAAUGACCAUCGGCCGUGCGUGUGUAUAAGCGAGAAGCGAGUAUCGUGAGCGGGAAACGUGGAAAAAGUGCGCGGAGCGCGAGUGAGCGUGUGGGAGUGCCGCGGGAAGAAGGUGCAGGUUGUCUUCCAAGUGGACCCAGUGGACGCCGCGGGAGCGAGAGAACGAGUGCUCCUCACUUAUGGUCCCCAACACAUUGAAAGAGCCCGUCUAGACGAGCGGCUAGAGGCGGCGUGCUUUUUUCUAUUGGCGCACAGCGGCGCGGCAACAAUACGAAAGGCGACUCCGAAAGCAUCUACGGCCAGGAAACGGCCAACAGUCGUCGGCCGCUCCGAUAUUACCGAUGAUCCACUCGUCUCGUCCCGCGUAAGCUCCCCCUCGUUUCGACGCAUCAUCUCCCGGGGCCCGCGUCGCGAUCCCGAGAUCGACGAGAGCGCCUCGGGAGCACGUUUCGUUACACUCUUAUGAUACUUUCGAAGUAUUAACCACCUUACAGAUCCCUAUUCUACGUGCUCCGAAUAGCCGGGUAUUGUCAAUUACCGAGUCUGCGAGCUGUAAUCGUCGGAUUAUAUUUCACGGCUGUUUCCUGACAGAUAUGACAUCUGUAUUUGAUAUCCAAGGCCGAGAUACUGGAGUAUAACGGGUACGUUUAUUUGGAACCUCUCAAAAUAUUUCCUACGGAUCAGUUUGUUGUAGUGGAAAGGGUUGGCGAGGAUGCGUUGGUAGAAACGGAGGAGCCGACAAACAGCACCGCCUCGAGCCAGACUAACCCAUCCGUUACAACUUUGACGAAUAUGUGUACUACACCUGGCAAUGCGGGUGCAGGAUUCGGUGGGUAUGCUUGGUCCUUUAGCGGACCAGGGACAGAGACCCGGGAGAAUGCCCAAAGUGAACUCGCGACGAAUAUCAGUUAUGCCGUUAAUAAUAAUCAGGAUCAAGGAUCCAGUCAGAAAAUACAGGUUGAUAUCAAACCGGCAAAGAUUGCAGCUACCACUCACCGUCGUCCAAUGUUUGCGAUGAACGAGAGUUGUCAGCAAACACCUACUACGCAUCAUGGCCAUACAGGGGGAGCACAUAAUCAAACGACUCAUGGUACUCACGUUCGCGCUAAAAAGCAUCACGAUGUAUUUUCAUUAACAUGUGACAAAGGCGGAUGCAAUUGCGACGCGGCACAUCCUACACCUCCACCUUCCUUGUUCUCCAACACCUUAGUUUUUACAACAGCUGCCGAUAAGCACAUGAGCAAGCACUUUAUGACACCGCUUGGACCAAUACAGCUUACGGCAGAAGAGUGCAAUGAAAUUUUAAUGAAGAGAGCUGCUGCUGCGUCUAAUCAAGCCAAUGCGGCGAAUAACGUGGCAACGAGUCAGACGGACAGUACCGCUCAUUUCGGGCACGUUCUCACUCAUGUGAAUACAACGCAAAUUGAGACGAAAGUCAAACAGCAACAGGAUAUGGGAAGUCAGGUCCGCGUGCCGAAGGAACGACCGUAUUCUUGUUCCGAAUGCGGGAAAUCCUUUCUGCUGAAACAUCAUCUUACGACGCACGCGAGAGUACACACUGGAGAACGGCCACACAUUUGCGUUCAUUGCGGCAAAAGUUUUGCGCACAAGCAUUGUCUUCAUACGCAUCUUCUACUGCACAGUGCCGAAAGGCCGUAUCAGUGUCGCGAGUGUAAAAAAUCUUUUACAUUGAAACAUCAUCUUGUAACGCACACUCGCGUACACACCCGGGAACGGCCAUUUGUCUGCCAGGAAUGUGGAAGAGCAUUCCCUCUGAAACGUCACUUAGUGACGCAUAGUAAAUUCCAUUCGGGAGAAAGACCUUAUGUUUGCGAAGAAUGUGGAGAAUCUUUUUCUCAAAAAGAUCAUCUUACCAUGCAUUCCCGCUUCCAUGGCAGCCUACAUCCAUUUGUUUGCCAUGAUUGCGGGGCGACUUUCCAAAGGAAGUUUGAGCUGGUUAAUCACGGUCGAUUGCAUGGCAGAGUUCCACAUUCGUGUACUGCUUGUGGAAAGGAAUUUUUGCAGAAGAGAACACUUUUAGCUCAUAUGCGCUUACAUACAGGUGAAACACCCUAUGCUUGCACCGUUUGUGGAGAAGCAUUUCCUCGGAAGGCAGACCUGGUAGCUCAUUCAAAGAUUCAUAAUAACAAUACAAAUACCGAUGAGAAGUCUCUUACAUGCAGGGAAUGCGGACUGGACUUUCCGAAUCGGGAAGCUCUAAAUUUACAUCAAAGGUUACAUACUGGUGAUCGAACACUUGUAACGGACCUUUGUGGACUAGCGGCCGCCUUCCAGCAAACUCCAGCACAUUUUCUUACCCCAAACACUCCAACAACUCAUCAGAUGAACGGACCGAUAGGAACGCCUAGUGUUAGUCAUAUGCACGGCGCAACUCAAACAUCGCCACCAGUGGGAACAGGACCAAAACCUAAACCACACAUUUGUCCUGAUUGCGGUCGCGGCUUUGCACAGAAACAUGGUUUGUCGCAACAUCAACGACGUCACACAGACGGCAGUUGUCACAUAAGAUCCCACGUAUGCGACAAAUGCGGCAAAGCUUUCUUCCAAAAGAAUCAUUUAUUACUACAUCAGCGUCAACAUAUGGAUCCGCCACCUAGUAUACUUAGGCAGCAACAAAGACAAGCUGCCCAAGCUGCUGCUCAACAAGCGCAGCAGCAGCAACAGCAGCAGCAGCAACAAGCGCAACAACAGCAGCAGGUUCAGCAGCAGCAGCAACAAGUACAACAACAGCAAGUACAGCAACCGCAGCAGCAGCAGACAAUGACCGUCGAUACAAAAACGAUUCAACUGCAGGCAAUACAGCAGCAAGUACAACAACAGGUACAACAACAGCAGCAACAACAGCAGCAGCAACAACAGCAGCAACAAACGCAGCAGCAGCAAGCAUGUUCCGUGGACGCUAAAGCAAUACAGUUAAAUGUCACCAUGUGAGACGGUAUAAAGACGAAGGACUGGAAAGUCCUUGAAACAAUAGCACUUCCAAAUGCGCACCCCGCUGCCACCCUCUGCACGCACUUCUCUUGUACUAACAAUAUACAUUAGAUAUAUAUUUAUUAUCUCUAGAUCCAAAUACAGAAUAAUCGAUUUUAUUACAAGAGUAUGUAAGAAUAUACAAAGUAUACAUACUAUAUUCUAAUUAAUAUAAGGCUUGUAACAAGAAACUAAAAAUAACCACAUAUUAGUGUUUUACAUAUACUUUAUAAAUAUACAAAUAUAAAAAUAAAUAUAUAUAUAAAUAUAUAAAUAUAUACUCUAGAUAUGUAAAAUGAGACUAAACAAAUUAGUUGCCUUAACGAGAAGAAGAAUUUUAAUGAAUAUAUUAACAUAUUAUUUGGUGAUUUUUUCAUUUACUUUUAUUUAGUAGGACAUCACUUUAUAAGAAAGUAUAUAUUAAAUAAAUCAAGAUAUAAAGAAAAAAAAAAUAAGUUCGCCGUGUAUCGCUGCUUUGUUGUUUAUCCUUCUUAAUGUAUUCGUACGAUGAUAAUUGAGACGAGGUAAUUUGUGUAGGAAUAGAGGGGACGAUUCUGUAAACGAUUUCGGCGAAGAGAAAGAGGGUGGCAGAUAUUGCGUAUUUAUAAAGCAUUUUUAAAGCUUAGAUUUAUCCAAGAUAGCAUUUUAGUCCCGCGCAAUUUAUAUUUUUACGUUAAAGAAUACGAGCACACAAACUGCUUGUAAAAUUUUAGAAAUACGUAAGAAUCCCGGUUUUAUAAAAUCCAAAUAUCAAUAAAUGGAUGUAAAUGUUUUUCGUGAGAAAUUAACGCGAUUCUCGUAUCGGCGACAUAUAUAAUGUAUACAUUAUAAACAUGAGACUAAUACAUA